AACCAACACGAGGCCAUUUGAACCAAACUCUCUUUGUGCUGUGUAACUGCUUUUUUCUUAGUCUGAUUAUUGUCUCAAAAGCACGCGUCGCGCGUUUGUCUGGCACCUUAGGCUUGGGGCUCUUUUCGGAAUCUAUUUUGCCAGCCGGACGCCAUGCUGCGUGUCUCUUUACUAUAAUCCCCCACCUUCUCUUGUUCUCUGUUCUUAUUUCAGGGUCGAUUUCGAAAAGCAACUCGAGUGAAGAAUGUCUCCCACUAUAGUGCCGGCCCCAUUGGCUGGUACGCAAGAUGAAUGGUCCGAUGAGGAUUUCGAUCUACCCGAAGGCGAUUCGAUAUUACAACACAUUCAACCACGGGACUCAGAAGACGCAGGCGCUGGCCGACUCGCAUUGCACCGACCGUCGCGUCCGACUGCUUUGAGAAUGUCCACGGGCCCGGAAGAAGAAGAUGAGAUAGAGGAUUGGGAUUUGGAGGGUGAUGUUCUGUCAUCGUCAACUCCGGGCCUCAAUGCGGUCAUAUCUUCGACAUUCACUCAGCCUGUCGUGAAACUUGGUAGUGGUAGUAGCCAGGUCAUAAAAGAGGACGUCGAAGAUUGGGAUGCGGAUCUUGGCCUCGGGGCCACUAUCAAGGCUGGGACGUCUGCUCGGUCCACCUCCGUGUUACUUAGCGCGGAACUGGGUGAUAACGAUGACAGCAAUACAUCUACCAUCAAGGUCUCUAAAAUUACUCUUCCUGCCCCUACUGCCAAAGCUCCCCUUCCGUCGCCAUCACGAACAACAUUUGCUGAUGAUGGGGAUGAUAUGGAAGACGCGUUUGCGUUGCCAGACGAUCUCUCUCAUCUUUCCCUCAAACCACUCGUGCAUCAGUCCUCCAAAUCAACGAUUGGCGAAUGGUCCUCUGAUUCUAUGCUGUCUGAUGUCCCCUCAUCAUUUGGGUUCCACGAUAAGACAGCAUCUGAGUCGCCAACCUCUUUACCAGAUUCCGAAGUGAACACCGAUGAGGAAGCGGAAGUCGAGGGUCUCGUGCUGCCGGAUUCUUUCCUACCGAGGGAUUUAGCUCGGAUGCUGGAGAAGAAGAAGAAAGGGCAGGCACCGCCCCCGACCAAGAAAAAGCUGCCGUUUCCUUGUGAAGAUGACGAUCCCGAAAGCGGAUUGGCAAUACAAGAUGAUUCCGAACUUAGUCCCAGCCGUCUCCGGAAAGGCGGGUUAUCUCCUAAAGUUCGGAGAAUUGCUAAAACCUUUCCAUCAAUACGAUCCUCCCCAACUCCUCUCCCUUCGUCAACUGCUCGAUCCCAGCCCCAUAUCACAGUCAUUAAACCCGCAAGUCAUCAAUCAAGUUUAAUUGCACCGAAGCUCACCGCUCGAGAUGCCCGUUCUCCUUCACCAAUUCCCGCACGACCUGCGAGUGAAACUCGCAUGGCACCUAAACCAUCCUCGACUAACCUUGCGCGCCAGCCGUCGUCUUCGACUUUGCCUCGCCGGCCCAAGGACAUCAACAUUAUAAGCAGGACAAAAACACUUUCACCCCCUCCAUGGAAUCCAUCCAUCCACCCACCCUUGUCCCAUUCGCACUCUAUGUUAAGCAUUCUGCGAGGGGGCCCUCCUUCCCCACAGAGAUCAAAAUUAUUGAAACAUCAGAAAUCUACUUCUGGUCUUCUAAAUUCCCCUAGCACAUCUACGUUUCCCCACCCCGAUACUCCGAAUUCACCGAGUCGAAAAGGGCUUUCGAGAAAGGCCAGCCUGAGUAGUCUGCUGGACUCGCAGCCCAGUACUCAGCCCGUGCAUGAGGAUAAGCACGAGCGUCAUGAUAGCAUCAGCUCUCGCUCCACAUCGCGGCAAUCAACUUUGGGCACUGCGUCCUUGCAAACGCGUGGGACCGUAGGUCAUGUUGGUGGAGCAAGUUAUAAGCAGCCCACCGCGUCUUCCCGUGCUCGUGGCAUCCGAACCACCGAGACCGGUGUCGUUGGCUCGGAUCGAGAGAAAGGGUUGUUCCAAAUGUUUACCACUCGUCCCACCACUCCCUCAACCUCAGCCUCCAUCCUUCGGCUAACUAUGCCUACUAGUAGCUCGCGCGCCAAAAUGAAGGAAAAGGCGAGGGUACCUGUGUCCUCCAUUUUCCCUCAAAGUGCCGCCUCAUCAUCAUCAUCAUCCAGUGGAGUUGCCCCUUCCAGCGUCAUUGCUCCCGGUAGCAGCUCUUCAACUCCAAUAUCGAGACAAUCGUCAGUGUCGCCUGUUCAAAUGAUGCGUCCAAGUGGGACUCGUUCUCCAAUGCAGAUGACGAUCUCUUCAGCUGCUAGGAUCAUUCGCCGGCCAAAGACUGCACGUACUUAUGGAGAUGGUACGGAACUGGAUGGAAUUGAGGAUCUUGUCGUUGAGAAGGAAAAGGAAAGCAAAUUCAGGGUUAUACCGAAGGCUGUCGGCACGUUAAAGGACAAGAAGCGACCUAGCACUAGUGCCAAGACCAUACCCCGAAAGUCUGGUCCUUCGCAAGCAUCAAGUGCAGCACCUUUAGAGAAAGGUGCUGUGAAGCGACCCCCUUCUAGCUUGGACGUUGGUGAACCCCCACACUCCGCUGGCGUGGCUUCGAUAUCACGACAGAAGUCAAGGGCAGAUUUGGGCGUUACGUCGCCUGGCUCCAAUGUUCCCCCGCCGCUGCUUGCACCAGCACCGACUUCGGGCGCUUAUGCAGCAAUGAAAAGGGCUAGGACAAAGAGUGGAGCUCAAAAGAAGCCAACCUUGAUCCGGAACCUAAGUGGCGUAGGAUCGCCGAAAGCUCAUCACGCCCGUCCCGCUCUGAUCACACAUCUCACUGGAUCUUCUGUGGGAGGCGUUGGAUCCCCGACAGGCUUUCUUGGUCACAACACACGCAUUGUCGGCAACAUGAUUUUCGAUCCCACGAAGAUGUGCUGGAUUAAUCGCAAUGCAAAGGAUGAAAUUGACCCAUUUUCUGGGAUGUCAGACGAGGACGACAAUGAAGCCACAUGGGGGAAGAGCAAGGGUGCGACAAUUACGAUCAGAACAUAUCGUACCAGUGCUCCAACUGCUGGAACACCCUUGGAGACUGUUGCUGGCAGCCCUGCUCGUUCCUCCGUUGCUGCCACCAAUCGCAGUAGUAUGGCGUUCACGACCACAAGUGAAAGUGAUACAGAGAGUGUAGAAGCUGUUUCUUUAGCCGGAUCUGUCAUUGGUGGUUCCCCGCCCAGACGUUUUGAGCGAGGAGCUUCUACUUCACCCAUACCUGACGUGGACGAAACGAUGGCAGAACUAUGCCGGCAGGCAGAGGAGCGACAUCGUAGGGAGAUUCGCGGAUGGUAUCCACCUUCGAGUCGGCGGAAUCGUCGAGCCACUCAGGAGGACGAUGAUGUUGAGGUUGACCGCAGCUAUCUUUUUGAAAUACGAGAGCUUGCGACUCGGAAAUAUCCCGCGUAG